UGUUCCGCGCUGCCAUCGUCUUAAUCCUGAAUGCCUGUGCUGCUGUGGGGACGGUGUCUACGAUAGUGUACCGUAAUGGAACCUUGAUGGUGACGAUCCAGGAGGCCGAAGCUGGUUCCAAACUGCAGCUAAUGCGGCUCCGUCCUGAGGCCACCGGCUGUUCAGACAACGUAGGGGCGACCUUCGUCCUAGAGGAGCAGCCUAUUAAGGAUAACAACCAGAGGAUGAUGUUUCCCGCAGAAAACUUGCAGGCCAGGAUGUAUUUUGCACUGGUGCUGUCGCCGAGCGGAAAUUACACGACACUGUGGCCACAAGAACUCAGGAAUGAACAUGGUAUGCGCAGCCUGAAGGAACGAAAUAUUAUGUUAGUACAGUGUGUCUUAGAUGAAUCGUAAGCUGAACAGUUGGCAAGAUUGCGUAGCACACAACCAGCGCACGGACAACAGAGACAAGGAGAAGAAAGACAC